AUGUUUUGUGGCUGUAUUGCAGAACACUCUGUAACCGAUCUAACGCGCAACUCUGAAACGAUUAUCGAGAAUUUGAACUCAUUUUAUUGCACUGAUAGCAAAACCCAUGAUGGUAGAUCGUCAACCACAAUAACUUUUGACGAUAGUUGUGCACAGUGUUGUGCUGCAAUCACGAAAUUGCCUAAAGGUGUUGAAAUAUUCAAGAGCCCUUACGAAUUUAAACACAGUGGUCAAAUGUAUGCGUUCAUGUCAAAGCCGUACGUAUUCAAGUGCAAACCAGGUUUCGCAUAUCGGAGUGGAACAGUUUGGUCACAGAAAGGUCGUCAAGCGCUGCAGUGCAAUGGCGUAACUCAUACGUAUUACGAUUUGGAUACGUGGUCAACAGAAGCACAGAUCGAGCCUUGUGAAGAACUGAAAGGAUGUCAUCAAAUCAGUCAACGAAGCGAUAUGACUGUCGUAGUGGAGGGAUGUGUUCAGUCUGGAAAUAUCUUCGCAGCUGGAUGCAUU